AAGCGCACUUCCGGCCUUCACGGAAGUUGUUGCACAGUCGUUUCCGAGGCUGUGUGCGGUAGAGGAGCCUUCCAAAUGGGUCGUAGCCGCUCCCGAUCUCCGCGGAGGGAACGCAGGCGGUCCCGGUCCACUUCGCGGGAGAGAGAACGCAGGCGUCGGGAAAGGUCUCGGUCCAGGGAGAGAGAUCGGAGAAGGAGCCGCUCUCGAUCCCCGCACAGAAGACGCUCCAGAUCCCCAAGACGACAUAGAUCCACAUCUCCUUCUCCUUCUCGACUGAAAGAAAGAAGAGAUGAUGAAAAGAAAGAAACAAAGAGCAAAGAACGUCAGAUAACUGAGGAAGAUUUAGAGGGAAAAACAGAAGAAGAAAUAGAAAUGAUGAAGAUAAUGGGAUUUGCCUCCUUUGACUCAACAAAAGGAAAAAAGUUGGAUGGUUCUGUAAAUGCCUAUGCCAUAAAUGUGUCUCAGAAGAGGAAGUACAGGCAGUACAUGAAUCGCAAAGGUGGAUUCAACAGACCUUUGGAUUUCAUUGCGUGAGAAUUGAAAUGUUGAAGAAUGAUUUUUCCCCCCUCAUCAUGAUCAGAGUGGAUUUUGUAUUUUGUAUUUCAUAUGCAUCAAAACAGGACAGGAUCACAGCCCUUCCUCCUUGUAAAGUAAGAAAAUUUUAUCUUUGAUGUGUGCAGUUCACUUACUUUGCCUCAAAAGAAGAAAUGUUAAAUAUUACAUUUUUUUCUUUUAGGAAGUAUCAUUUGGGGCAAUCAUCAACCCCAUUUUUUGUCUUAUUCCUGUGGAAGCUGUAUAUGUUUUCUUCUUGGAUGCUCGUUAGGACUUUUUAAAACACAUAAAAAAGUAAUUUGGAUGUAAGUGUCUCAAAUAAAGCAAUUAUUUCUACCUCUCUGUAUUUGAUAAAAUUUUUAUUACUGUAUAAAAUAUCUCCCAGUACAUUUUCUUUUUUCAUGUAUAGAUUUAGAUAGGAUUCCUAGUAGUUAAAAAAUUAAAAGAAUGAAAAAGUAUAACUGGAUUUUUGUAUCUUCUGAGGGUUUUUUCCUCAGUACCACUUAUUACUUUCCCCCAUUUUUAAAAGCAAUAAAUGCUUAUU